UUCUCUCAGCCAUUGGAUUAAAAUUGUGUGAACAGAAUUCCACCCGACUUAAACAUGAAAUGGAAAAUUAGUAGAAAGUCACGCAAUACACAUUUUCUCAAGUCUUCUUUAGUCAAUGCUCCAAGUCAAUUCAACUGCCGUAGUGGACACACCCAAACAGCACAUAAUUUCUACAGAAUUGUAAUUUAUAUAACCAUAUUCAUAUUUGGUUUCUUAAUUAAUCUUAACAUUUUUCAAUGGCUACCUAUUUUGUGUUCAGUUUCCUUUUACUACUCUCUCAUUUUCUGUUUCUUCUCUCUGCUGCAUCUGAAUGGAAAUACCAAGCAGAAUGUGCAACAGGAGAAUACACUGGGUGUGGAAAUCUUGAAAAAAUCGUCUUUCCCUUCACCACUGUUAACAAAAGCGAAUGUGGCUUUUACAUAAGUGGUUGUGACAACAAUAGCACUUCACAGAAAAAAAUUCAAAUCAGGGGCCAUAGUUAUAUAAUUGAUAGCAUCAAUUAUAAGGAAAGUUCAGCUAUCAUCUAUGGACCUAUCAUUGAUGGACCUAUCAUCUAUGGACCAAGUUCCUCUAAAUUCAGCUUUAACACUAUAAAUACAUUCUAUGCAUGCAAACAUGACGACUAUGACGAUCGCCAUGAAAACAUGUUCAAAAAUAAAAGCUGUUCAGAUUAUGAUAUCUACUUUACUUCUAAAUCUGAUCAUCCAAUUUCCCUUAAUUUUCCAUUACCAUGUUUUCAUGUUUCACUCUUUCCCCUUACCGAUUGUGCAUAUUUAAGUUCGACACUCGAAAUUAAAGUAGAUUUAGAGUUUUGUAAAGGCUGUUUUACUGCAGGAGGCUUAUGUCUACCAGAUCAGGAAAAUUUAAGUUUCGAAUGUGUUCCUAGCAGUGAUAGAAAGCAACGGCAUAUGAAAGCUGCGGUGAUAGGUUUAUCCAUUGGAUUGGCAACUGUGAUUGCAAUUGCCUUGACUCUUAUAAUUUGGCUUCUAUACUAUCGGAGAAUCAAAUCAUCGGGUCUCAAAAACCAAUCAAGAGCAAAUUAUCGCGGCCUUUCAAGAAAUACAACAAUCGAAAGUGGAGCUGUCUACUUUGGGAUUCCGGUCUUCUCCUAUGAGGAGCUCCAAAAGGCAACAGACAAUUUUAAUCAAGCUAGAGAGCUUGGAGAAGGAGGCUUUGGAACUGUUUACUACGGAAAGCUUGGAGAUGGACGUGAAGUUGCAGUGAAGCGCCUAUUCGAGCGCAGCUACAGACCAGUAGAAUCAUUCACAAACGAAAUUCAGAUCCUCACACGCAUGCGCCACAGAAAUCUUGUAUCCCUUUAUGGCUGCACUUCACGCCACAGUCGUGAGUUACUGUUAGUGUAUGAAUAUAUCCCUAACGGCACCGUCAAUAGCCAUCUCCACGACAAAAAAGAAAACCAAAGCUCAUCUUUACCCUGGGCUGUGAGAAUGAAAAUAGCCAUAGAAACCGCCGGGGCAUUAACUUAUCUCCAUGCUUCUGAUGUCAUUCACCGAGACGUGAAAACCAGCAACAUUCUACUUGACAACAGCUUUUGUGUUAAGGUUGCUGAUUUUGGUCUUUCGAGACUGUAUCCUAAUGAUGUCACUCAUGUCUCUACAGCGCCGAGAGGAACACCGGGCUAUGUUGAUCCAGAAUACCGGUUAUGUUACCAGUUAACAAGCAAGAGUGAUGUAUAUAGCUUUGGCGUAGUUCUUGUUGAGCUAAUAUCAUCUUUGCCUGCAGUUGAUUUCUCAAGAGAUAGAGAUGACAUUAAGUUGGCAAAUCUAGCAAUAAGGAAGAUUCAGAAAAGGGAAUUUUCUGAGCUGAUUGAUCCUUCUCUUGGUUUUCAGACAGACGAGAAUUUAAAAAAUGUGAUAAGUUGUGUUGCGGAAUUGGCCUUUCAGUGUUUGCAAGAUGAGAAGGAAUUGAGACCCUCUAUGAGUGAAGUAUUGGAGGUGCUGCAGAAAAUUGAAAGUGGCAAGAGUGAGGCAGAGAAUCACGAGGGGAUUGAUUUUCAUCAUGGAGUAGGAGUAGCACAAAGUUAUGCACAUCCAUCACUGCCAAACACUUGGAUGAAGCCACAGCGCCAUCAACAAACACUUUGAUGAAAAGGGUGUUGAGAUUUAUGCAUCAAAUAUCAGUGACUACUGAUUAGCCAGUUGGUCUUUGAAUUCUAGCAUUUGUUCUUGUUUUGUACUCGUUGAGAUAUUUAUAAACUCUGUAAAUUACAUUAUACAUAGCUCUAGUGACAGAGGAUCCUAGUUUAUUGAAUAUAAAGUCUGGAUUUAAGUAAAUAAUUGUUGAUAUUCUGUGUUGGUUUUUAGACUUCAAAUAUUUUAAGGGUUGAUAGACUGAAAACAACG